GAAGAGAGAGAGUGUGUGUGUUGACUGCGCGCUCUGAAGUGGCACAUGGAUCCCAUACAGUAAUAAACGCUCUUUUGCAGGCUGGAGAGAACAUGACAUAACCCGAAACGCUUAAACUUUUAUCUCGUCCACUCUUUUUUUCCCCUCUGGGACGCUGACAGCUAUAAAUACGUGUAUAUAAACAUCUUUGACGUCCUCGCGCACUGACGGUAGAAGCCACGCUGUAAAUGCGGCGCGCGGGCAGCAGCUCCCGGCUGAUCCACGGUUCCUGUGUCACUCGUCUGGGGCUGGAUCAGGCGUCGUUGUGCGUUAGGUUGUAAUAAAGAACCGGGCUGAGAUGGACGACCUGAUUCGAUCUUGUGAGCGCGAGAGAAAGUGAUGGCAGCUUCGAGUAACUCCAGUCUGUCAGGUUCCUCCGUGUCCUCCGAUCCUGAGGACUACCAGCCACCAAUAUGGAAAUCCUACUUGUACCAGCUACAGCAGGAGGCACCCAGACCAAAGAGAAUAACAUGUCCACAGGAGAUCAAGAGCAGGCCCAAGCACUAUGGUCGAGAGUUCCAUGGGCUGAUCUCUAGAGAGCAGGCAGAUGAGCUUCUGGGUGGAUCUGAGGGGGCUUACCUCAUCAGAGAGAGCCAGCGGCAGCCUGGAACAUUUACACUUGCAUUGAGGUUUGGAGGCCAGACUUUAAACUACAGGCUCUUUCACGAUGGCAAGCACUUUGUGGGAGAGAAGCAUUUCGAGUCAGUGCAUGACCUGGUCACUGAUGGCCUCAUAACUCUCUACAUCGAGACCAAAGCAGCCGAGUACAUUGCCAAGAUGACCACUAACCCCAUCUACCAGCAUGUGGGCUAUACGGCAUUACUGAGGGACAAGAUGAGCCAGCGCCUGAGCCGAGCUCGAUCGGAGUCCAAGAAAGUCACCUUUCAACAGAAUGACAAGAUCUCUAACUCACCACUGGGCAGAUGCAGCGCUCUGAAGGACGGGUCCGAGAAGCAGUGCAACUACGACAAGUUGCAUAAUUUUAAGGUACACACAUUCAGAGGCCCGCACUGGUGUGAAUACUGUGCCAACUUCAUGUGGGGUCUCAUUGCUCAGGGUGUACGCUGCUCAGACUGUGGACUGAACGUGCAUAAGCAAUGCUCAAAACUGGUGCCCAGCGACUGUCAGCCAGACCUGCGGCGUAUCAAGAAGGUUUUUAGCUGUGACCUCACCACGCUGGUUAAAGCUCACAAUACAUCACGGCCUAUGGUCGUAGACAUGUGCAUCAGAGAAAUAGAGCAAAGAGGACUGAAGUCAGAAGGGCUCUACAGAGUGUCUGGUUUUACAGAACAUAUAGAAGAUGUGAGGCUGUCCUUUGACAGAGACGGUGAAAAGGCAGAUAUCAGUGCAAAUGCAUAUCCAGACAUCAACACCAUUACAGGAGCUUUGAAACUCUAUCUGAGGGAUCUGCCCAUCCCUGUCAUCACAUAUGACGUCUAUACCAAAUUCAUACAGGCAGCCAAAAUAAACGACCCUGACACCAGGCUAGAAGCAAUCCAUGAUGGCCUGCUGCAGCUUCCUCCUGCUCACUAUGAGACUCUUCGCUACCUGAUGACUCAUUUAAAGAGGGUCACGAUGUAUGAAAAAGACAAUCUUAUGAAUGCAGAGAACCUUGGGAUCGUCUUUGGUCCAACUUUGAUGCAGCCACCAGACCAGAACACACUCGCCACCCUCAACGACAUGAGGCACCAGAAACUGAUCAUUCAGCUGUUGAUUGAGCAUGAAGAUAUCCUCUUUUAAAGCCAUGAACUGUAUAGAAUUUCCUAAAGAAUAUGGGGAAGCUGUAAGAGAUAUUCUUUAAAGAGCUUGUUUUGGUUAUAAAAAAUAAUGAUAAAAAAAAUUGGUAACUGAAAAUUGGUCCACCAAUAGUAGAUUAUAAGAUCAGGAAAAAUGGGCACUACUGUAGGCCUGAUCUUAAGGCAAGAUAGCUGUCUUGAUCCUGUAUCAUUGCCCUUAAAACUUUUUAUUUAAUUUGAUCUGGUGCAGAACAAAUCAUGAGAUGAAUAAUGAUGAUAAAAUAUCAAUUCUGAUUAUAUAUAAGGUGUUUGUAUGGUACAGAAAAACUGACUGACUGACUGACUUCAAUGGUUAGUAUGUUGCACUGAUAAUGGUUUAAUAUUUCACAUCGGUUUAAUGUUUCGCGUUAAUGGGUUAAAAAUCGUGUUCCGUCUUUGUGGUGUGUAUAUGUACACGUUUGUAAUGUGUUUUACAAUACAAGACCCAACAGGAAGCACUUUUUUUUUCUUUUACAAAGAUUGUAAAUAUUUUGAUCUGUAUUUUUUCUGAAUUUGGUGUUGACCAUUUUAAACGUCAUCUCCAUUCCUUUUUCCUUUUCUUAAGGAAAGGGUACUGAUGCCAUUCAGUGAGUUUGUUGUGCUUGUGUAUAUAUUAUCAUGGCUUAUUAUUGUAAAUUAUGAUACUGACGAGGAACAUUUUGACCAUCUCAAACUGUGAUGUAGACAUGUGAGCCAGUGCACACGGAUGAAAGCAGUGGAUGGUGCCAUACCUCAUAAUCAGGCCAUUUAUGAAAGAAAUAAUCGUCUCUAUCUGAUGCUUUUGUCUCUGUAUGAUGAAUUUACUCAUUUGAUAUGAGAACUUUCUAAAAAUGUGUUUUAUUAAAAAAUAUUUUCUGUGCAGGAUGAAAUUAUGACUGUAAUUUAUCAAAUUUAUUAAAUUACUUAAAUCUGAUUUACCGAUUUUAAGCAUGUUUUCUUUCUCUCGCUCUCUUAAAAUAAAAAAAUAAUUAAAUAUA